AUGCCUAUUAAAAGUCAACAACGAUCACAAACAGAUGCAGCUCGAAUGCUGGGUCGAGCAAAUAGUCUGUCAACAAUUUCAUCUAAAACAACUGAGUCAACAUCAACAAAACGAAGUGUUGGCCAAUCAAGACCAAAGUCUGAUAAUACUACGAGUAAUAGUGCUGUAUCAAUUGAUGUUGGAGGUAAUCCGCAAGCAUCAAAACUUUCUGGACAAUUAAAAAUGAUAACUGAAGUUGAUGAAACAAAUAUUGAUGAAGUCUUAAAUUCACCUGAUUUAUCAAAUGUACCGAAAACAUUUUUUACUGAAAUUCAACAAGAUGGAAUUUAUGAAACAAUUUUCGAAGAACUAAAAAAGAAAUUACCACAUCGAAGUCCACCGAAGCUCCCUCAACUAGAAACUAGUUUAUCAGAGCAACAACAACAAGAACCCCCAUUAUCACCACAUCUUCUUGCUGUGGACGAUGAUGAGGAAGAUAUUAUUGAUAAUGAUACAAGUACCAUUGAUGAGGCUUCAUCUUCUGGAUCGAGUGAAAAUAUUGCGUCACCAACACAAGAUGAUUAUGAUACUGAUAUUGAAUCAGAAGUUGCUGUUCAAGAAAAUCAUGAUAUAACAGGUAGAACACAAUAUCGUGAAUCAUGUUUACAAUCAAAAAUCAUUCCAUGUUCAUAUUUUAUGGCACAUAUACAAGAUAAAGAAAUGGUUUUACGUUAUCAUCAAUUUAGUACUGAUGAUAUUCGAGCAAUAGCAAAAACUCUUUGUUCAAAUCUUAGUAUUGAACGUUUAUUCUUAGAUGGAAAUUAUUUACAACAACAAGCAGCAAAAUAUAUUUCUCGAAUGAUAGUAAUAAAUGAUUUUAUUACUGAAUUAUCACUGGCUGAUAAUCGUCUUGGUGGAGGUGAAGGUACAAAAGAAAUUUGUAAAAUGUUAACAUUAAAUCGUAAUUUAAAAAGAAUUAAUCUAUCAGGAAAUAAGUUCAAUGAUCUUGAUGCUGCUCAAUUAGUAGAAGCAUUCGAACAAAGUAAAAUAUUACGUGAACUUGAUUUAAGUCACAAUUGUUUUGGUGAAGAAUGUGGUAAAGUACUUGGUGCAUAUAUUAGUGGUAAUGAUUCAUUAGAAUCGAUCAAUUUAAGUUGGAAUAAUAUUCGAGGACGUAGUGCUAUUGAUAUUGCUAAUGGAAUUAAAGAAAAUGUUCGUUUGAAACGAUGUAACCUUGAAAUGAACGGUUUCGGACCAGAUGGUGGACAAAUUUUAGGAGAUUGCAUAAAACAAAAUGGUGCAUUAGAAGAAUUUAACAUUAGUGCAAACCGUCUUAAUACAUCAAAUGCAUUUGCUAUAGCUGUAGGAUUACUUUCAAAUGAUUCAUUACAAAUUCUUAGAAUUGCUGAUAAUCAAAUAAAUAGUGAUGGUGCACUUGCCAUUUUUCUUUGUAUUAAAGCAAAUGAAACAAGUCUAUUACAUGAAGUAGAUUUUUCACGUACAGUAGUCACUCACGAAGCAGUAAAUGUCUGUGAGGAUAUUGUUAAAUUAAAAGACGGUAAAUUUCGAUAUCGAACUGGAAAAGUAACACCAAAUAUUCUUCAAUCUAAUUCAGCAAGUGAAUGUUACAUUAAAACCGAUGAAGGACUUCUUAAUAAAUUACGUUCAAAUGCUGCUAAUGCAAAAUCACAUAUUACAUGA